UAGCAGACUUUUAUUCAAGUCUGGUGAGUCACAAAAUAUCAAACACUUCUUUAUGUGUCUUUACUUUGGGUUUUUGAACUGCGCGCGCAAUGAAUGAGGCACCAGUUUCUUGUUUACCAACACAUCCGAAGAUGUCGAGGGCUAAGAAAGUGAUUGAGGAAGCUAAAGAAAUUCAAAAUCCAGAGUUGGAUUUGGCCGAUAAAGGGAUUACAACAUUUGAAGAAAUGCCUGGCCUGUUCAAUAUGCUUAGUAUUACGAGGUUAACCCUGAGUCACAACAAAAUCCGUGUUGUUCCUCCAGGAUUGGCUAAUUUAGUAAAUCUGGAAAUUUUAAAUUUAUUCAACAACCAGAUUGAGGAGCUUCCAACUUCACUGUCUUCAAUGCCUAAGCUUCGUAUUUUUAAUGUUGGAAUGAAUCGCUUAAAUUCAUUACCAAGAGGUUUUGGAGCUUUUCCAGUGCUGGAAGUGCUAGACCUGACCUACAAUAAUCUGGAUGAGAGCAGCCUUCCUGGCAACUUCUUCAUGCUCGAAACACUGAGAGCUCUCUACUUGGGUGACAAUGACUUUGAAGUUCUGCCACCUGAAAUUGGUCUGCUGAAAAAUCUGCAGAUUCUAGUAUUGCGAGAGAAUGAUUUGAUAGAGUUGCCUAAAGAAAUCGGUGAGCUGACAAGACUUAGAGAAUUACAUAUCCAGGCCAAUAGGCUAACUGUGCUACCUCCAGAAAUUGGUAACCUUGACCUUGUGGGGAACAAGUCAGUGGUGAAGAUGGACUUCAACCCAUGGGUGAAUCCAAAAGCUGAUCAACUCCAAGUGGGCAUCUGCAGCAUCAUGAAUGGAUACAAUACAAUUGACAAAUGAUAUUAACAGUGAAC